AUGGCGGGGGCGGCAGUGCUGCCCGUGGCCGUGUUCGGCUGCCGCCCGCGGGUGGCUGGCGGUGUGUGCUUCCUGGAGGAGCGGGUGGUGGUGCACGCCGCGGGGGCGGGCUGCCUGCGGCUGCACUUCGAGCAGAAGUGGCACAGCUUCAUCCCAGGCACGGAGAAGAGCCGGGGCGUGCAGGCGCUGGCCGUCAGCCCCGACCGGCGGUUCCUGGGGGUGUCGGAGGCAUCGGCGGAGCAGCCGGUGCUGGCGGUCUAUGAGCUGACGGCGGAGCGGGCGCGGCUAAAGAAGGUGCUGGCCGGCGCCAAGGAGCUGCCAGCGCGGGAGGUGGUGUCCCUCGCCUUCUCCCCCGACAGCCGGUUCCUGGUGGCCGCCACGGCCCCGCCCGAGGGGCAGCUGGCYUGCUGGCUCUGGGAGAAGGCGCAGCUGGCGGCGGUUGUCCGUGUCCCCGCUGCGGGCGAUGGUCCCUGCCAGGUGAGCUUUAAUCCUCAAGACAAUACCCAGGUUUGUAUCACUGGAAAUGGUUUUUUUAAACUUUUCAAGUACAGUGAAGGACAUUUAAAGCAGAUGAAUUUGCAAAGGGGAGAGCCAGAAAACUACUUGUGCCAUGCCUGGYUGUCCGAGGAGGAAGUUAUAUGUGGCACUGACACAGGCAAACUUAGCUUGUUUGAAACUGGAGAGCUGCAAUGGGAGACAACUUUAGAGUACAGAAAACCACCCAAGGAAGAACGUACRACAAGAAAAGGAUCUGAGAGUUCUGAUGCUUCUAGUGAAUCAGUCCUUGAAGAUAGUGAUUCAAAACAGCAUCCUUUGCCUCAAAUAUCUGCAGUUGCAGCAUAUUCCAAAGGAUUUGCRUGUUCACCUAGCCCAGGAGUUGUUCUUCUGUUUGAGAAGACYGUGGAACAGGAGUUAUACGAGGAGAAACAAGAAGUCUGGCUUCCUCAGGACCAGUUCAGCACCCAGCCAAAAGAGUCAUGCAAACAGGACAUUACAUCUAUAUGCUUCAGCCCCUCUGAGGAAACGAUGGUYGUUAGCACAAAUAAAAAUCAGCUCUACAUGUUUGCUAUGUUCUCCUCCAAACUUAUAAGGGAGAAGACAUCUUUUUUUACGUAUCUGAGUUUCCCAUUGCAUUCUAAUUCAAUYACUGGUCUGGACAUGUGUGUUUGGAAGCCCAUUCUUGCCACGUGUUCCCUGGAUAGAUCUGUUCGCAUUUGGAAUUACAAGACAAACAACUUGGAGCUGUGUAAGGAAUAUCAGGAGGAAGCAUACACAGUAUCACUUCAUCCCACAGGCCUUUUCUGUUUGGUUGGGUUUUCUGACAAACUACGAUUCAUAAGCCUGCUGUAUGAGGACAUGAAUGUUUUCAAGGAGUUUGCUGUGAAAAAGUGUAAAGAGUGCUCAUUCAGUAAUGGAGGCCAUUUUUUUGCUGCAGUUAAUGGAAAUGUGAUUCAAAUUUAUUCUAGCAUCACCUUUGAGAAUAUUAGUAAUCUGCAAGGACAUACUGGGAAGAUACAUGCAAUCAAAUGGAGUGCAGAUGACACUAAAUUUGUCUCCUGUGACACACAUGGUGCUGUGUAUGCGUGGAACUUGCUGACAAGUAAAAAGGAGUCUGAGUGUGUGCUCAAGACCUGCAUCUACAGCAGCAUUUCCCUGACUUAUGAUGCCAAAAUUAUCUUUGCUGUUGGAUCUGACCAAACUCUUAAAGAAAUUUCAGAGUCUUCGAUCCAGCAGGAAGUGUCUGCUUAUGAUGUUGUUUAUACCACGGUUGCCGUCUCUCGUUCCGGGCGUAUGGUAUUUGUUGGUACAUCCCUGGGGACAAUUCGAGCCAUGAAGUACCCAUUAACUCUGAAGAAAGAUUUCAACGAGUACCAGGCCCAUGCAGGUGCUGUUACAAAGAUGACAGUAACAAGUGAUGACCAAUAUCUACUGACUGCCUCAGAGGAUGGCUGUAUAUUUAUCUGGAAAGUGCAUGAUAAAGAAGGUGGGGCACCGACAGGAAAAAAGGAGCUUGAGUAUGCUGAGGAAGUCUUGAUCAUGAGAUCAGACAUAAAUGAGAAGAGUCAGGCAAUACUAGACCUGCAGAUUUGUGUGAAAGAUCUACAGACAGAAAGUGAUUAUGAGCUACGUCUCAAGGACAUGUACUUUGAUGGAAAAAUAAAGUCAUUGGAAGAGAACUUCACUCGGGAAAUAGACUUACUUAAAAACAAAUACCAGAUUUUACAGGAAGAGAAAGAAAAAGAGGAGCGACAACACCAGGUUCAUCUGUCUAAGCUGCUGGAUGAACAGGCCAGGAAGGUGCAACAGCUAGAAUCUGACAGUUGUCAGAAACUCUCAAUGGAAAAAGAUAAAUAUCAGGAACUGCAGGUGAAAUCCCAGAAGAUGGAGGAGGAAUAUGAGAAAAAAUUGCACCAUUUGGAGGAAAGCAAAAGCAAGGCUCUGARGGAGCUAAAAGAAUCUUAUGAGAAAAAACUUGCAGACAAAUCUGCUCUGUUGGAAGAGGCAAAGGAGAAUAUGAAGAAGCAGAUUCAAGCACAUGAAGAAAUGGAGAAACAAAUUUACGAAGAUGGAGACGCAGAAAUCUUGGAGCUCAAAGACAAGUAUGAGAGACAGCUCUUGGAAGAAAAGGAGUCCAACAUUCAACUGAGAGGAGAAAUAGGAGUCUUGAAUAAAAGGUUGAACAGCCUACAGAAGGAGCUCAAGGACCGAAACAGGGAUAUUGAGGAAAUGAGACUGGAACAGCAGAAGCUGCAAGACAUCAUCAGAUCACUACAGAAGGAAAUCUUGGCACUAAAGACAGAGGUUAAAGAGAGAACUGACACUAUCCUAGAGAAGGAAAAGCAGGUAUAUGAUCUAAAAAUGAAAAAUCAGGAAUUACUAAAUUUCAAGUUUCUACUGAGUCAAAGAAUAGAGGAAUUUAAGAAGCAAGUAGAGUCACGUGACARUGAUAUUGGGAAAAUGAAGAAACAGAGGCAGGAGAUGGAGGAGGAGCUGGAUCAAUUCCGCAAGGCUGCCACAGAGCUGAAGCUGAACAUCACCCAGCUGCAACAGAAAAUGAAGRCAAUGGCUCGUGAGAUGCACAGAGAGGUGGAAAAGAGGCAAGAUAUGGAAACCUUCAUCAAACGAUUUAAAGCAGAUCUUUAUCAUUGUGCGGGCUUCAUCCAGCAUCCCAGAAAACUGAAAAAUGGUGUCCGUGAGCUCUACAGCAAGUAUGUGCAUCAAUCAGACCUGGAGCAGGUUCAAGCAGUAGAUGCAGAUCUGCAGCAGCAGUACAUGAAACAGCAAGAGCGUCAUGACAGGAACUUGGAAAUUUUAAGGAAGAAGGUGAUGAAGGAUAAGGAAAUGGACCAAGCUGCUUACCUGCGCAUCAUCCAGGAAAAUGUGAGUCUGAUUAAGGAAAUUAAUGACUUGCGGCAAGAACUGAGGGUGGCCCAUGCCCACGUGCACAGGCUCCAGUCAGCACUGGCACUAAACAAGAAAAAGGAAGUUCAAGACACAGCUCCCUCCAGUGAACCUCUGUCCAGCCCAUCUAUCCUGAGGUUGAAUCCAGAGAUGGAAAGUGAGAAAAUCAUAGAAAUGCAGCAGCUAGAAAUUCACUAUCUGCGAGACCAAAUCCAAGUCCUKACCUGCCCAGGUUCAGCCUCUUUUGAUGAAAAAUCUUCCUGAACUGAAUCUGGAAAGAAGCCACAAAACACAGCAACACUGACAUGGUUCAAGGAUGCCUUAUGUUACUAUAUCCUCCUAGCAAGAUGAGAAAUGCAACAGCAGAGAUUAGACUUACAUGACCCUAUACUCUUCCACUAGAAGCAUUUGUGCAACAAUCAGUGAUCUGAACACUUCUACUUUCCUGAAAUCGACUUUUUCAUGAGUCUUAGGAACCAAGAGAAAAAAAAAUAAAUUUGUGUUAGUGCAAGAUUAAUCUUUUUGCCUUCAUGCUAGGGCAGGUACUCAUCUUUCUCUUGAAAAUGAAUGUGUCUUAAUUCAGAAGAGCUGAUGAAACUCUGUAAGCCUUUUCUGCUAGAAUUCUAAUUUGGUGUCAUUGUGCUGAAAGUUUCAUCAGCCUUUUAUUUUCCAGUAUUAA